AUGACAGUGACAUAUUGAAAUUUACAAUUUUAUGUUUUGUCGCUCUUGCUCAAGAAAAAGUGAAAACCAAAACAGAAAAUCCACACAUUUGAACAUUUGACGAAUAACUUUGGAUAAAAUCCGAAGACGAUAUAUGUUAAACAUGAUUACCAAUUUUGAUAACCUUUGCAGUGAAUUAGAAAAACAAGAGUUAGAGGCACCUAAUGGAGUGGCUUCACCAUCCACAUAUGCUCAGUUAUUGGCCAUUUAUUUGUACCAAAAUGAUUUAUGCAAUGCAAAAUUCUUAUGGAAGAGAAUACCACCAAAUAUCAUAAGCAGUAAUCCAGAAAUAGCUGCAAUUUGGACUGUAGGUCAAAAGUUGUGGAAAAAAGAUCUUGCCGGAACAUAUCAAGCACUUGCAAUUUACAACUGGACUGAACCAAUCUCUAAUAUCAUUAGGGCACUUGAAGAGAGAGUGCGUGAAAGAGCUCUCAAUUUAAUUGGCCGAUCAUACAGCUCAAUCUCACAUAAUACCAUGGUGUCCAUGACGGGACUCAGCAAUGAAGCGAUUGCACAAAUUUGCAAAGAACGCAAGUGGGAGAUAAGUGAGGAUGGAAGUACAAUUAAACCGACACCACCAGUUCAACCAACUCCAUUGCAUACAUCUAGUGAAGACCAACUUUUCAAGCUAACCGAAUUUGUGUCUUUCUUGGAAAAUUGAAACCAGUUUAGUUCCGUGGACGCCAAGAUGUGUGAAAUGGUUCCAAAUCGAUGGAACAACAUAGCAGUGAAUUGAAU